AUGCGUGCAAAGGCCAUCCAGACAACCAAGUGGGGGACGGCAUGUGCUCAGUGCGCUUCAGCGAAGGCAAAGUGCUCUGGACGGCUUACUUGGUUGCUAACUCGUAUUCUCGGACUACAUGUACAGAUGCGAGCGCCUGCUGAAGCAAUGUACCGAUCAAGUCCAUCGUCCUCGCAAGACUCGUCAGCCUCGACAGUAAGCCCCGACCACUUGCCUGGUAGCCUCAGAGAGCCUUCUUUUUUUUUGACAUUUCAUACCUUAUCUAGACCGACUGCAGGUUUAGGAGAGCCCAGCUUCGACUCUCUUGUCUCUACGCCAGAAAAUCCUCCAUCACCGUCCGCAGUCGAUCUGGGAGCAGACUUUGCUUCAUGUUCGUCAUCAUCAGUCCGGAGUCACACUUCGGCAGCCACACCCAUGGGCUCUCUGGAUGUCAGACCGUCCUUGAUACGGACCUCAUCAAUGCAAAGCCAGCAAUCAGUUCAGCACGAAUCAUACUUUUUUACAGCCAGUCCACCUCACUGCUUGAAUCAACAACACCUGAACCCGCUGUUCAUUGAAGGGCGAGAGGAUCUUGAUGACCUGCUAUUGAAUCGAUACCGAACCUGCUUGAUGCCGGCACAUCCGUUCGUUUUGAUUCCCGACCAUGUCUCAGCCUCGAUGCUGGUAACCCAUCGACCCUUUUUGAUGCUUGCCAUUCGAGUGGUGGCCGGGUUUGAGGGACUGCAUUCGGUACAAGGCCAGAUGCAGCAUAUUAUGGACCAUGUGGCCGACCGCAUGUUUCGACAAGCCGAAAGGUCCAUUGAUCUUCUGAUGGGCAUUGUUGUUGUGUUGGGGUGGUAUCACUACCAUUGCAUGCGACACAGCCAGCUAAACAAUCUGCUAUGUUUAGCCGAGAGCCUGGUCAGCGAUCUUGGCAUCAACAAGAGGCCCCAGGUACAAAACGAGGGGAGAAUGACAGAUGAGAAGAGGCUGCUUUUGGGGGUAUGGUAUCUGAGAAGCUCAGCGGCAAUGUAUCUCCAGCAACUAACCUCGAUGCCCUUCACCUCUUACAUGCGCCAGUGCCUGGUGGAGUUGGAUGAAGAAGAAGACCACGACCUGGACGAGAUUCUGGUGUACUGCAUCAAACUGCAGUAUCUGACCGAGCGGGUGGCAGUUCUCAAGACUCCCCAACCAGACCUCCCUGAGCAACAGAACCGAGAAAGGGGCACCGCAAUUGCGUCGUCACAGGAAUAUCUGGACAAGGUGAUGAGAGAAAUGCCCUCGGAGCUUAAAACAAACUACACCAACACACAGAUUAGAGCCUGGUUUGAGGGGUGGGUGCAAGGCAUCCCGGCCCAGGCCUACCGCACACUACCUUCGAACUUGGUUUUUCAGCUGCUCUAUGCAGUGGGGUCGUUGCUACGGUCCCAUGGCGCCGCUUCCCAACCACCUCCAAGCUCGUCAACCAGAGGCGACGCAGAGGUCAUUGUGAUUUUGGACCGCCUAGUAGCGCUGUGCUUCGCCAACUUUAUUGGGGGUCAACCGCAGCCGGACAUGACACAUUUUUGGGAAGCGUUAGGUGAGCGACACGAGAGGGUGUGCUCCCCUUCCCCAUCAGUCUCUGAGCAUGGAGAUGAUUCCAACGGACCAUUGACAGCCACACCUGCUACCUGGGAACAACAAUAUCGCCAUGGCAGCAACGUCUUUACGCCGCCAUCCAGGGUUGGAUCGGCAGCACCAGACCCCAAGCUGGAGGCAGUCGAUGUCGACCAAUAUCAGGUGGCAUCACUCCCCAUGAUGACUAGCAACCAACUCCAUCCACAGAGUCAAUGGGACUCACAGACAACCCAAACAGGGUGGGAUCACCAUACAGCGACGCCACAAGGCCAGAUGUUGAUGGUUCCCGGAGCCGAAGGAGUGGUAAAUCCACAACUUUGGGGGCAGGAUCAAGGAACGGGCGCAUAUCACCAUUCCGACGGGGGUUACUUUAUGGGUUGA